AUGUCCGAGUCUCCUGAAAAAUUCCGGGUUAUUAUAGCGGGAGCUGGAAUCGCCGGACUUGCAACUGCUAUAUCUCUUCAGCGAAUAUCCUCGAUCCCCAAUCUUGACAUUCAAUUAUAUGAACAAGCCCCCGAGCUCCUGGAAAUCGGUGCUAGCAUCGCUCUCAGUCCAAAUGGCAUGCGAACGUUGGAAAAACUUGGCGUGGACAAUGCUCUCUCAGAUGAAGUCGGAUUCAGAGGACCGAGCGGAAUUCCACAGAUCUUUCGUCACUGGAAAACGAACCAAGUGGUCUCCGUUGAUACGCACACUAAUGUGCCCGAUCCUCGUCAUCACACCACGCGUUUUCACCGAGGUCAUUUGCACGCCGCUCUCUUGAAAAACGUUCCUCAAAAGUCUAUACAUUUGGGAAAGAAGAUUAUUGAUGCCGAUGUCAACGAGGGGGGUGUGUCGCUACAGUUCGAGGACGGAAGCAGGGUAUCUGGGGAUAUGCUAAUCGGGGCAGAUGGAAUCAAAUCGAAAGUUAGACAAUCAUUCGUUCCUGAUUACAAAUUGCGAUUCAGUGGAAAGGUCUUCAUGAGGUCAACAUUUGAUGCGUCCUUGGUGGAGGAAAGGAUCCCCAACUUGCCUGCAGACUCAUUGCACUGGAAGUGGGGACUACAGGAUAACUUUUUUGCAUCUCGAUUGGGCAAGGGUCAUUAUACCACCGUUGGCGCUUACAGUGACCCUCGAUCCUCUGAAGAGCUUGAGAGAAGCGUGACAUGGGACCAAAAGGGUGACGUGAAAUUCUUGAGAGAGAGAUACAAGAACUGGAACCCACUUGUACAAGCUCUGACCGAAGCUACGCCUUAUACCAACCUAUAUCCUAACUUCGCCGGAGAUGCACUGGAGAGUUGGAUAUUCGGUUCCCGAGUCACUCUCGUUGGGGAUGCUGCUCACGCUCACGGUGGAGCCUUCGCCGCAGGAGGCUCUCUCGCAUUGGAUGAUGCUUUUGCUCUCGGUCUUGCUUUCAAGCAUGUGGUCAAAUACGCCCGUCAAAAGCUGCCACUCCCCGCUGAUGAUGUCAAGAGAGCACUGGGACUAUACACUAACACGAGGAAGCCACAUACCGAUAGAUUAUUGCGUAUUGUGCAUAAUCAAAUUGGUACGAAGAUAUCUGGGCCUGCAUCGACAGAGGAGGAAGAUGCCAAGCUUAUUUCUCGGCUGAAAAGCAGGCCUGACACAGAGUGGUUAUCUGAGCAUGAUGUUGAGGCUGCUUUGGAAGCUAGUAUUGUUCAGUUUGAAGCGCAUGGCAGCUCUGAGCUACUUAAGCCUUCAUCGAAAUCAAGGGGACAUUCAGGAAACCGGAAACCGACAGUAAAUCCUCAGGGAAGUAAGCUCUGA